AUGACGCUGCGAAGAAAGAGGCAGCGCGCAGGCGCCUUGUUGGCGCUCUUGACUGUCCUGGCCUGGCGCCCGCUGACUUUUGCAGCACCGGGGACGAACGAGAAGGCCAAGAUUGAGUUUUACACCAUGGACAUGUGUCCCUAUGCGCAGAGGACCUGGAUAACUCUGGAGGAGAAAGGCGUGCCCUACACUCGCACACUUGUAAACGUUCGGAAUGCCACGGAGCGCGAGUGGUACGUGAAGAACAUCAAUCCUCUGGGAAAGGUUCCGUCCAUUCGUGACUUGACGGACGGAACCGUUCUGUACGAGUCGGAGAUCAUCAACGAGUACCUCGAGCAGAAGUUCGCAGAUUCUGGACCUGCCUUGAUGCCACCUUCUGCAGCUGGGGCCGCCAAGGUCAGACUCUGGAACCACCACUUGAACAACAAGUUAGCACCAGCGCAUUUCACCUUCUUGAUGAACAAGAAUGAGACUGCAGAGCCCGACAAGAUUCAGGCCCUGGAGGAGGCUCUGCAAUACUACGAGGACAACUUGAAGGGCCCCUUCCUGCUUGGGGACGAGUUCACACUAGCCGACGUCAGUGCCCUUCCUUUUUUCGAGCGCCUCAUCUUCUCUUGUCGGCGCUUCAAGGAGUACGAGAUCCCGGCGGGGAUGGAGCGCCUCCGCACCUGGCUCGACAAAGCCAUGAGCCAGCCCUCCUUCGUAGCGACGAAGAGGCCGGAGGAGAAGUUGGAGGAGGUCUAUCAACGGUUUCUCGCCGUCAACUACACGUCUCUUGGACACCUCGAUUCGAUCAUGACGGUCGUGACAGCCAUGCGCGCGCUGGCAAAUGAGUGGCUACCCCAGAAGGGGAGCCACGUUGGAGAGUACGGACCCACACCUCUCUAUGUGUCUGAGUUUCAACCUCUCGACCUGGCCUCGGCCCUGUUGAUCCUGCUUGGCCUGGGACUUGGUGUACUGGACACGCGACGCCGAUGGCUCUCUUACGCUAGCGACGCCAUCACUUGGUCUUUGUACGAGGCACUCGGGGGCCCCGGCAAAACGCUUCCGGCUCGGCUGGUGCCCGGCACUCAGGCAGAGGUGGAGCGUGCCAGCAUGUCAUGGCCGAACGUUCGCGAGCUUCUGGCAUUUCUGCAGCAGGCGCGUGUCCCAGACCGUCUCCGGGCUGCGGCAGCUGCAGAUGCAGCCAUGAUGCAGCACGAGCUUCGGCCAUUGGCUGAAGCUGUGCUGCUGGCCUGCUCCGAUGCGCUCUUGUUGGAUCCGGAGAUGCCCCUGCCUGCCAUCGACGGGGAGUGGGAGUGUGCCUGCGACUACUUCCGGAACGGCAACGUGAUCUUCGUUCCCAUGCGUCUACGCGGGGCAUCAGGAUCCUACACAGCCGAUGGUGGCAGGCAUGAGAUCAGAGACAUCCAGAGACGCCGCGAAGGGUCCUUGGUUGUUGCCGACUUCUGCUGGGAGAACUCUGCUGGGGCUACCGGCAACGGCAAGUGGCUGGUGAGCAGGGAGGGGAAUUUCAUUGCCGGAAACUGGCGCCAGGAUGGCGUCGCCGAAGGCCCCUGGAGCUGGUAUGGCCGCAAGAAGCCCUCCCUGCGAACGCCGCCUCCGCCAGAGCUGGCCAAAACCAUGGCGCGCGAGGCUGCCAACCAGGAGCCGCGCUCAACAGAUCUGGGUCCCACUGCCAUCAAGGCAGGUGCAGCUGCCGUCGAGGAGGCGGGCGCUGACGCCGCAGCACGCGAGGCUGUCGCGCAGGCCUGGGACGUCUCCGCGCCGGUGCAGCCGUCCGGAACCGGUGGCGACCUCGCCCCUUCGGCGGUGCUCCGACGCCGGUGGCUGGCUGCAGGAGAGGACUUGCGUGCGGUGCUUGGGCUCACGGUGAGUGGCCUUGUCCCGGAGGAUCUGCAGCGGCUAGGAUUUGCCCUGGCGCUGGCAUUGUGGUCUCUUUUGGCACUGUUCUUCGCAAGAGCUCUCGCUUUGUCCCUGGGCAGUUCAGCAGAUGCUGCCACGUGGUCCUUCUUCUUCGCCAGCUAUGCUGUCGUACUUGACAUCGUCUUGCCGAGUCGCGGAGGCCUGUCUCCGCCCCGCAGUGCGGACGCCGCAGCGACGCGGCGCGAGAGGCUUGACCGCCUACGGCUAUGGGCCGAAAACGGUGGCUUGCUCCGACGUGGUGCCACGCCACGCGACGAGCUGCUGAAGGCGGUGAGGCUCGUGCUGGAGCCAGCGGGUAAGGGUGACACCAUGCGCGACAGCGAGGUGGAGGAGCUGCUAAAGGUUUGGAACCCUGGGAUGAAAAGGCAGGUCCUCCGUACCUCGCGGCUCUCAAAGGGGGCGCGGCUAGGCUGA